GUGCUUUAGAUGAUGUUGUGAUGGGUGGAGUUAGUGAAAGUACAUUUCAGAUUGAUCCAAACGGUGGUGAAAAUGGUGGACCAACUGGAAUUUUUAAAGGGGUUGUUUCCACUGCAAACAAUGGUGGUUUUACCAGUAUCAGAACAAAGAAUCUAUCAACAGCUGAGGAUCUCUCUGCAUAUGAUGGUUUGGAGCUGCGCCUUAAAGGUGACAGUCGUCGCUAUAAACUAAUUGUUCGCACAAGUCGUGAUUGGGAUACUGUUGGUUACACAGCAGGCCUUGACACUGUUGGAGACCAGUGGCAGACAGUAGAUACGUUUGCCAUUUUAUUCUUUGAAGCCGAUAUUUUGAGCAAGAACUGUGUCGGAUGCACCACCUUUUGACCCCAGCAAUAUUGUGUCAUUGCAGCCACAUUUUUGCAGCCACUUUCUUUUAGUCUAUUCUUUCACUUCAUUUUCUUCUAUGUUUAUUGAUGGGAUUCAAAAUUAUGGCAGCUCAUGUUUAGCAAGUUUGAAUAUGAUGGGAAACUGAAUCCUACUUUUGUGGAAGGGGCAUUUAUACUCCCAUGAAGAGGAGAUA